GUUUUCUCCGAUGUGUUGGUUAUGCCACUCUUCUCCGCGGUUUACCCUCCAAUUGCUGUUCACGUGAGUGAUGGUUGAUCUGAAAUGUUAACAACCAGCCUUCUCGGGGAUAUGGGACUUCUGCGCUGCUCUCCCUUCCGUUGUACUUCCUAUGCGGAACAUUCAGUGAGUGACCUGUUCAACUUUGUUGUGACCAUACAGACCUGCGUUCCUGGAAGUACUGAAUGUCGGCAGAGUUAUUUACGCCAGGACUUUCACCGGCAAUAUAUCGAAUUGUCGCAGGGCAUGAGAUGUUGCUCGUUCAGGGUGGACAAAGCUGGUGCGGGGCAAUUGCGCUAGAAGAUUCUCCUCGCCAAGCCGAAGGCAAUUUUCAAUGAGUCCCGUAGGUAUAUAAGGCUGCACAACAUUACUCGACAUAUCCACAGUACUCCGCUAGCAUCUGGUUGCGACAUGAAGACACUUGCAGCUCUCGUCGCUUUGGCUACUGCUCUUGUCGUUCCAGCAAACGCUGUCGCCGUUUGGGGACAAUGCGGAGGCAUCGGCUAUAGCGGUUCUACCACCUGUGAUGCAGGCACUUCCUGCGUCUACCUUAAUGAUUACUAUUCCCAGUGCCAGCCUGGUGCCGCUCCUGCUCCGCCUUCUACCACUGUGCCUCCAACUGCGCCCCCCUCCGGACCGACGUCCCAGCCUGCUCCUCCUUCACAGGCUACUGGUCUCGCCGCAGCAUUUGUCCGCAAGGGCAAAUUAUUCUGGGGUACUUGCACUGAUUCAAACAGGUUCAACAACGCACAAGAUUCUGCUGUCACCGUCGCAAAUUUCAAUGGUGUUACACCUGAGAACUCCAUGAAGUGGGAUGCCACUGAACCCAACCGAGGACAGUUCAGUUUCUCUGGGUCCGAUGCGUUGGUCAACUACGCCACUCAGCAUGGCAUGCUCGUCCGUGCUCACACCUUCGUCUGGCACUCACAACUCCCUGGCUGGGUUUCCUCCAUCUCGGACAGGACAACGCUGACGUCCGUCAUUCAAAACCAUAUCAACACCCUGGCCGGCCGCUACAAGGGACAAGUCCGCUCUUGGGAUGUCGUCAAUGAAAUCUUCAACGAGGAUGGAAGUUUCCGUUCUUCCGUUUUCUACAACGUGUUGGGCACCAGCUUCGUCAAUCUUGCAUUCCAGACUGCCCGUGCUGCCGACCCCAAUGCCGUACUAUACAUCAACGACUACAAUUUGGACAGCGUCAACCCUAAGCUCAACGCUGUCGUCAACCUCGUCAAGCAAAUCAAUGGUGGCGGAACCAAACUCAUCGACGGUAUUGGCACUCAAGCGCACUUGAACGCGGGUGGUGCUGGCGGAGUACAAGCUGCUCUAACUCUGGCCGCUUCUGCUAACGUUGAGGUCGCCAUUACCGAACUGGACAUUGUCAAUGCUUCGCCAAACGACUACGUCACUGUCGCAAAGGCUUGCUUAGCAGUUCCAAGCUGUGUUUCCAUCACCAGCUGGGGUGUCCGUGACCCUGACUCCUGGAGAGCUUCUUCUAACCCUCUCCUCUUCGACGCGAACUUCAACCCGAAGCCGGCGUACACUGCCAUCAUGCAAGCUUUAGCUUAGGCGUCCUGGAAAGCGAUUCUGAUUUUGUAUGUCGGGAUAGAAACGCGUUGGAUAUCGAGGUACCAUUCAGUGUGUAUAUUCGUAGCAAAAGCUGUGACGAAUAGAGUCCAUGUUAUCUCAUGUGACUGUGUGAUAGCGGUUCCCGAACUGUUACCAAGGUUGUUUGGAAAAUCUCGUCUCUUUCAACAUCUUUUGAAUUGUCUAUCCAUAUGAUGUAGCAUUUAAACCAACCAUGGUCACCCAAGAUAGAUUCAAUAAACC